AUGACCAAAUGGGCAGAAGCCAAAGCACUCAGGACCAUCACCCAAGAAGACGCAAUCCGGUUUGUCCGCAACCAGAUAAUCACCCGGUUCGGUAUCCCCACAACCCUCAUCUCCGACAACGGGACACAAUUCGUAGGAAAGAAGUUCACCACCUUCCUCUCUGAUCACGGGAUCAAGCACAAAAAAGCAUCAGUAUGCCACCCGCAAAGCAACGGACAAGUCGAAGUCACAAAUCGCAUCAUCCUUCGCGGGCUAGAAAAAAGCCUCACAGAAUCCAAGAAAAAAUGGCCAGAACACCUACCCCAAGUCCUAUGGUCCUACCGCACCACACAGAAAACAAGCACAGGGGAAACACCAUUUAAACUGGCAUUCGGGGCAGAAGCACUGGCACCAGUGGAAAUAGGAUCACCAUCCUUCCGCAUGCAAAAUUUCAACAUCAACGACAGCAUCGAGGGAAUGCGGACUAACUUGGAGCUACUGGACGAGGUCCGAGCAGACGCAGUCCAAAAAAUGGAGCUCUACAAAGAAAGACAAGGGACUUCUUCGGAAAGCGGGUCCGAAUGCGGGCAUUCCAGGUGGGCGACUUAG